AUGUCCUAUGCUCCUCAAUCUCAAAUAAUCUAUUAUCUAUCUCCAGUUCAUUCUACAAAUCCUUCUGGUUUACCUAGUUUAUUUGGUUUACCAAAUAUAAAUAAUUCUUUUAUAUCAGCAAUUUAUUUUUCUAAAACAGUUCAUGAAUUUUUUUUAGAAUUAGAAGCGAUAAAUAAUAAAUUAGGAUCUUAUACACAAUUUGAAAAGGCAUUUAAAAAUAAAAAAAUUUUAUUAGAUACUAUUAAGAAACUUUCUGAAUCAGAUUUAAUUGAAUUAGGA